UUGGCAAUUACGUAUAACAUUAACAAAGAGGAAGUGGUAGCAGUAUAUAAUGGGAAGGGAAGGAGUGGUGAACUGAUUAAGAUCAAGGAAGAGAAGGUAAAAGAUGAGAAGCAGCAACCACUUGAUCGGUCUGCUAAACUUCUUGACCUUCUUGUUGUCAUUUCCAAUCCUUGGUGGUGGGAUAUGGCUGAGCAUAAGAGCCAACAACACUGAAUGCCUCAAAUUCCUUCAAUGGCCUCUCAUCAUCAUAGCACUCUGCAUAAUGGCCACUUCCCUAGCUGGUUUGACCGGUUCCUGUUACCGCAAUCCCUUCCUCAUGAUCCUCUACCUCGUUCUCAUGUUCUUCAUAAUCAUUCUUCUCAUCGGAAUCAUCACCUUUGCCUAUGCUGUCACGGACAAAGGGUCGGGGAGGGAGGUGCAGAAUCGCGUUUACUUGGAAUAUUACUUGCAGGACUAUGAGGGUUGGUUGGAGAAACGUGUGGCCAGUGAUAGAUAUUGGACAAAGGUUAGGUCUUGUGUUAGGGACUCUAAGGUUUGUGCUAAGCUUCGGAGAAAGGUGCCUCAAACUGCUGAUAUGUUCUACCACACAAACCUCUCUCCUAUUCAGUCUGGAUGUUGCAAGCCUCCAACAGAAUGUGGGUAUGCGUAUCAGAAUGAAACAAUGUGGAGCCCAGAAGGAGGAGUGAUUGGAACCAGUCCAGAUUGCAGUAGGUGGAGCAAUGACCAAAACUUGCUUUGUUAUGAAUGUGACUCUUGCAAGGCUGGUGUGUUAGCUACUCUCAAGAAAAGUUGGAGGAAGGUCUCUGUGAUUAAUAUUGUUUUGUUGAUUUCCCUUCUCAUUGUUUACGCCAUCGCUUAUAAAGCUUAUACAAACAAUCGCAAGAUAAAUAACUGCGAACCCUGCGGUGAAACAAGGAUGAUAAAAUUACAACCUAGUUAACAUUAAAGGGUGUGUUAUUAAGUGACAUAUCUCAAGUCUUAGAAUGAUUUUAUAUACCCUUGUAUCUCUAUGUUGCCAUCUGCUCCUGUGCCGAUGA